UCAGCUCUCUAAUUGUGGGUGUGUCCACAGCUACUGUAUAAGUGCCUUCGCUCUUACCUGUGUUACUUAUAUCCCAGCACGAGGCUCAGAACAGACACACUCAUACACACCUGUCAGUCGACACACCUGCUCUACACUCAUCCAGGCUCGACAAGCUGCGCUCUCCACUCUACGACUCCAGAUCCUCCAGACUGCCAUCCAGAUGUCGCUGUGCAUGACCUCACAUCUCUGCCUGCUGGUCCUACCAGUGAUGUCACUGAUGCUGCUCUUCUCUCCAAUUGGUUGGAGCUACGAGAACCUCACCCCUGGGUGUCACCUAUAUCCCUUCAACGUGACCAUCCGCAGUGACCGCCGUGGCACGUGUAAAGGCACCCACCUGGUCCACGCCUGCGUCGGCUAUUGCGAGUCUAGCGCCUUCCCGUCCAGAUACUCUGUACUGGUGGCCUCCAACUUUACCCACAACAUCACCUCCGCUUCACGAUGCUGCACCAUCAGCAAGGACGCCAAGGUCAAAGUUCGCCUGGACUGCCCUCAAGGUCGUCACCAUGACGAAAUAGAGAUCCUGACAGCGAGGGCGUGUCGUUGCGACAUGUGCCGCAAGUCCCGCUACUGAUACACCAAGACAGUAUGCUGCAUAUCAAAUGAACAACAAGAUAACAACCAAAUUACAGUUUAGUCAGUCCAGCGGUACAAACUUUGGUAAAUAACUGAAAUAUGAGAGGGCAGGUUUUAUUUUCAAUGACGCAUCAGUAACUAUCUUUUUUCUAUCUACAGUUUGUUGAUUUGCUCUGAAUGUUGAAGAAAAUACACUUUAACUUAUUUAAGUAAAACAUGAAUUGGCCUUCCACCAUGUUACUGUGAAAAUCAGGCUUUCCUUCAUCAGUUUUCUGAGAACAAAAGGAAAAAUUUCAGUUGAAAUCAAUUCGAGCAGUAAAAACUGCACUGAUCAGUCACUCGGUUCUGUAAUAUUGAAAUGGCCAUUUUGGACUUUUGUAUACGUGUUAAGAUGCACUGUUUGUAUGUGUGAGUGUGUCUGUGUGUUUGUGCAAGGGAGGCUUUUUAGGAAAUUUGACUGGGACACAUUUGUGUUUCUGUCACACUCACCACACAUAAACUGAACCUUUUUUUAUAUAUUUUUGCUUUUAGGUUUGGCAAACACUUGACUUAUUACGCAGCUAGAAAUGAAAUUAGCCAUGUUUCCCUUCAUACUGAGUAAGUUUUAAAAAAGUGUAAGAGACUCCAGCAUUGUAAUCAAUCAAACUGAUUUCACCUCUCUUUCAUAUUUUGAAAUACAGUACAUUACACUGACAGUUAAGACAAGGGUGUUGGUUUACAGGUCGUCACUUAAUUCACUUAUAUUAAACAAAAAAAGUCAAACAAUUGUCAACUUAACAACAACAAUAACCACUAAACACAGACAAGAGACUAAAGAAUGUACAAAAUUUAUUUAUAUUUAUGAAUUUGAACUUAAGGACAUUUUGUAAAUAAUAUCUAUUGAUGAAACCAAAGAAUGUUUGAGAUGUCAAUGAAAUGAAAACAGAGAGACUGCACUGUAUAAUUUGUGA